UAGUGAUGGGUUUGUCCGAUUUCCAGUGAAAACAAUUCGAACUUUAUAUUUUGAUGAUCACUGCAUAGGACAUGCAUGUAAUUUUAAAAUAGAAUUUGAGAAACAUAAUUCUGAGUCCUGACUCAGCUAGCUCAUUGUGCACGUCAGUGGUCAAUCAGCAGCAGUUGUUCGUCUUUUGCGUCUGCAAUUUACUAUAUAUAUUCCCACGUCAGCUUUGGAGGUCCAUAUUAAUGAUCUUUCUGCACAACAUCCGAAGAGAUCUCUCUCUUGAGAAAAAGAGAGUAACAGGCUCAUCAAAGGGUCUUGCUCUGCAGAUCCGCAGGAUUUUGAAACUUAGAUCAUCAGUAGCUAAUUUCACAAACAUGGGAGAGGAGAAGAAGGAAGAAGAGAAGAAAGAAGAAGAAAAAAAACCGGAAGAAGAAAAAAAACCAGAGGAACCUCCAGAGAUGGUUUUUAGAGUCGAUAUGCACUGUGAAGCUUGUGCAAAGAAAGUUGCUAAAUCCCUUAGAGGGUUCGAAGGAGUGGAAGAAGUAAGAACAGACUGCAAAGCUCAUCUAGUUGUGGUUAAAGGGAAAACUGCAGACCCAAUUAAAGUUUGUGAAAGAAUCCAAAAGAAAAGUGGUAGGAAAGUAGAGAUAAUUUCUCCUUUACCAAAACCACCAGAAGAAGAAAAGAAAGAAGAAAACGCUGAAAACAAGCCAGCAGAAGAAGAAAAGAAAGAUGAACCUCCUCCGGUAAUUACAGUAAUAUUAAACGUACGCAUGCAUUGUGAAGCAUGCGCUCAAGUUCUGCAUAAACGUAUACGAAAAUUUCAAGGUGUGGAAGCGGUGGAAACCGAUCUGAUAAACAGCAAAGUGACCGUAAAAGGUAUUAUGGAUCCAGCAAAGCUGAUAGAGAACGUGUACAAGAAGACUAAGAAGCAAGUUUCAAUAGUCGUCGAAGAGAAGAAAGAAGAAGAAAAAAAAGAAGAAGAAAAGAAAGAAGAAGAGAAAAAAGAAGAAGAAAAGAAGGAAGGAGCAGAAGAAGCUAAAGCCGAAGAUCAUGAGACUAUGAGUGAUAUUAAAAAAAGUGAAUAUUGGCCUCCUAAGUAUAACGUAGAAUAUGCUUAUGCACCUCAAAUUUUUAGUGAUGAGAAUCCUAAUGCAUGCUCUGUUAUGUAAUUAAAACCUUAGUGAUUUUAUGUAUCCAUAAGGCCUAGUUAUCAUAUGCACUGUGUAAUAUGCUUAUACAUAUAUAAGCGCAUGCAAGUUUCUACCUAAAAGAUGAUUAAUAAAAUUAUAACAGAACCAGUACGUAGAUAAAAGAUGGAUCAUGGAUCGUUAUGCUG